AAGCACAGGAGAGCCUUAAUGUGCUUAAACUGAAGUUUGAAGACAAACUUCAAGAAAGUAGAAAAAGAAGAUUGACGUCAAAGGCAUUGGCCCCAAAACAUAAUAAAGCAGUGACAAAGGUAUUGCAUGUUAAAAUAUUGGAAAAAGUAUUGGGCACUUUGAAGUUGGUAAGAAAAUCAUUUUGCACUGACAUAGGGAAAGUUGGUUACAUUCCCAUUCAUGUCAAAACCACUUCAAAUGCUGAACAGUGGAUGGUGUUAACGUCAGAAGCCUUCAAACCAAAUGUGCACUUUGUACCCUACCUUCUUAAUGCUGUUGGCGAGUUUGAAAAGUUACCUAAGCCAUCUCUAUAUACUUACCAAAUGCUGGCUGACAAGCAUGCCAGGGCAAGGACACCAUCAACAAAGUGGAAUGUGUACAUGUAUGCGCCUGGGACAGGAAGGGCAGAACUAAGUAAACGUUUCCUUGCGAAACGGCGCAGUACUGACGACAAAGAAGAAGAGAGCACUGACCAGAGUGAUGAGAGCAUUUUCACAGAUGAUGGGAACAGUCCCACUAUUGACAAGAGCUUGGCUCAGAAUGUUGAGGUGAUGGAUAAUAUUAACCAAUUAGAUGCUGUGAACAACGACAUAGGUAUUGAGGAAAGUGAUAUGAGCAUGGCUCAGAUUGUUGAGGAGGAGGAAGCUGCAUAUGCUGUGAAUGAGUUAGUGGAAAUAAAUUUGGAAGAUGAAGAUGAGCAUCAGAUUGAUGAAAUACUUAAUGUCCUGGAAGCUGGUACUGAAGUCCCGCCCACAAGCAGUGCUGCAGCUAUACAGGACAUUUUGGAGAAGAAACUUGAAGAAAGAAAACAGACAGCAGAAGAAAGGAUGAAGGCUCUAGUAUUUCCUUCAGUAAAUGAGAGACGAAUAACUUUAUCUGUUGAGUAUAAUAACAAUGUUAUUGAAAGACCGUUCCGCCAUUUAGAUGUUGUAAAGGAUGUAUUUGAUUGGACAAUUGCAGACAUGCCUGUCACUUUACCAGCACAAUUUGCCUUAGUGUGUUUAUCCUGUGACACACACCCAUGCACACAUAAGUAUGUACUAAAUCCUGCAGAUCGUGAUUUGUUGUUUGUGUCAGAAAUGACAAGAACUCUUGCUGUUAAGGAA